AUGAAGCACUUAGCCGCUUACCUCCUCCUCGGCCUUGCCGGAAACGCCUCCCCUUCUGCUGCCGACAUCAAGAGCGUGCUCGAAUCCGUUGGUAUUGACGCCGAUGAGGAGCGCCUUGAGAAGCUCAUCUCUGAGCUCGAGGGCAAGGACAUCCAGGAGUUGAUCGCUGAGGGUUCCUCCAAGCUCGCCUCCGUCCCCAGCGGUGGUGCUGGUGCCGCUGCUCCUGCUGCUGGUGGUGCUGCCGCCGGCGGUGCUGCUGCCGAGGAGAAGGCCGAAGAGAAGGAAGAGGAGAAGGAGGAGUCCGACGAGGACAUGGGAUUCGGUCUCUUCGACUAA